GCUCCUCCUCGCGGAGCGGAGAGAAAGAACCUGAAAGUCUUUUUGUCUCGAUGUAACGAUGAAAUGGAGACCCAGAUCACCUUUAUUUGCUUAUUUCUAGUGAUUCUGGGAUUUUCUGCUGGACAGGAAGUGAAGGAGAAUCUGACAGGAACCGUUGGAGGAGCCGUCACUCUACCUGCUGCUGUCACAGAGAAAGGAUAUCUUUUAUAUGGAAGAAAAAACAUUGCUUCAGUGACUAAAGGUGAACUCGAUAUUGAUGUGGAUAAUUACAAGAACAGGCUUCAGUGGAGCCGAAGCUCUGGACUCUUUAAGAUCACAAACCUGCAGAGGAACGACUCAGGAAUCUAUACAGUCCAAAGAGGCCAAAUUACUUCUUCAUAUAAUCUUCAGAUUUAUGAUCCAGCACCGACUCCUGCAGUCACAGCCGUUAAUGUGACCUCUGACCUCUGCCUGCUGACCUGCUCUGUGAACAAAUCUGCGACUCUGCUGUGGAUCAGAGACAAAGAAAUACAGAACCAGAGCCGCUCUGCUGUGUCUUUCAACAUCACUGUCCAUAGAGAAGAUAGAGCUUCAUUAUAUAGAUGCGCAGCAGCCAAUCCUGCAGAGAACAAGACUGUUGAUGUUAAUGUGAUGAUUCUCUGUGGAUUCAACGAGACAAAAACUCCGAAUGACAGAAGAACAUAUUGGAUCCCAAUUGUUGUCUCAGUUGUGCUUAUUGUAUUGGUUGCUUUUGGAGUCUUGGUGAUGAAGAAGAAGUUUCUGGGCCAAAAGCCAUCAGGCAGUCAAACCCAAGCAGAUUCUAUAAGAGAAGAGGAAGUCCAGUAUACGCCAAUUCGUAUUAAGGAUAAAAGACAAAAUCAGGAAGAAAAUAUUCCAGAACCAUCAGGAAGCAGCGACAACAAUCUGACAACAGUUUAUGCUAAACUGGAACAUCCAGGAAAAGACCACAGCCUGCUAACAGCUAGCAGCUAACGGCUAACAGCUAGCGGCUAACGGAAAGCGGCUAACAGCUAGCGGCUAACAGCUAGCAGCUA